GCCGCCGCCGUAUUGCGCUACCGUGGAUUCCGUGCAGUUACCCCAAGCCACCGACUCUCGGUAGACACACACAAGGUGCACUUAUCUGUCAGAACGGCGCGGUAGUGUGACGGACGUACGAAAAUGCCGUCUGAAAAAUCGGUUUACCAACCCAACGCCGCUCUCGCAAAAAAUGCAUACGUCUCUUCUUUCGCUCAGUACAAGGAGAUGUACCAAAAGUCCAUAGACAACCCGGAGGAGUUCUGGGGCGACAUCGCCAAGCAGUUUUACUGGGAGACGCCGAUAGAUAUUAACAGGUUCUUUAGGUACAAUUUCGAUGUUACCAAAGGACCUAUUUUCAAUAAGUGGUUGGACGGAGCAACCACCAAUAUUUCCUACAAUUUGCUGGACAGAAAUAUAAGGAACGGGCAUGGGGAUAAAGUUGCGUUCUACUGGGAAGGCAACCAUCCAGACGACUACAGUCGUUUAACGUACAAGAAACUUUUAGAAGAGGUUUGUCGGUUCGCAAACGUCCUUAAGAGCAGGGGCGUACAGAAAGGAGACAGGGUGGCUAUGUAUAUGCCCAUGAUCCUUGAAGCAAUCAUCGCAAUUUUGGCUUGCACUAGGAUAGGAGCUGUACACUCGCUUGUGUUUGCAGGAUUUUCGGCGGACUCUUUCGCUGAAAGGAUCCUUGACUGCGAGGCUCGAUUUCUGGUGACGGCUGACGGCGCAUGGAGAGGAGAAAAAUUGCUUCAGUUGAAAACGAUAUGCGAUCACGCAAUGCAAAUUUGCGCACAGAAAGGACACAACGUCGAGACCUGUAUAGUAGUAGCCCACCUGGGAAGGGUGACGUCCCCUCAAGGGACCCAAUACAGAAGCAACAUGACACCCAUGACUGAAGGUCGCGACAUUUUCUGGCAAGACAUCGUUCCCGAAGCAUCGAGCAGUUGCUAUCCUGAAUGGGUAGAAUCGGAAGACCCACUGUUCAUGUUGUACACGAGCGGAUCCACUGGAAAACCCAAGGGAGUAUUGCACACAACUGGUGGUUUUCUCUUGUACGCAGCCACCACAUUCAAGUAUGUCUUCGACUACAAACCAAAUGAUGUAUACUGGUGCACUGCGGACAUUGGUUGGAUCACUGGACACACCUAUGUAGUAUACGGACCAUUAGCCAAUGCUGCCACUUCUGUACUUUAUGAAGGCACCCCAUUUUAUCCCCAGAACGACAGAUUUUGGGAAGUAGUAGAUAAGUAUAGAGUCAAUCAAUUCUAUACUGCACCCACAGCCAUAAGAGCUUUAAUGAAAUAUGAUGAUGAUCUCGUUAGAAGGCACGACCUAUCGUCCUUAAAAGUAUUGGGAUCGGUAGGGGAACUGAUCAACCCUGAGGCAUGGAUGUGGUAUUACAAGCUGGUUGGCCAUGAAAAAUGUUCUAUUGUCGACACGUUUUGGCAAACGGAAACCGGAGGUCACGUAUUAACUCCAUUGCCAGGGGCGACGCCUAUGAAACCAGGGGCGGCGGCGUUUCCUUUCUUUGGUGUCCAGCCAGUCAUCCUAGACGAGGCGGGAAAAGAAGUGAAAGGGGAAGGCGAGGGUUAUUUGGUAUUUUCCAGACCCUGGCCCAGUUUGAUGAGGAGCCUGUACAAUAAUCACGAUCGAUACGAAACGACAUACUUCUCCAAAUUCCCAGGAUAUUACUGCACGGGCGAUGGGGCUAGAAGAGAUUCCGAUGGCUUCCUCUGGGUAACAGGAAGGGUAGACGACAUGCUGAACGUAUCAGGUCAUCUCAUGUCCACAGCUGAAGUGGAGUCCGUCCUAACGGAACACCAUUCCGUCGCCGAAGCCGCUGUAGUUUCCAAGUCCCAUCCCAUUAAAGGCGAGUGCCUGUACUGUUUCAUAACCACUACAGACCACGGGGUUUACAACGAAACUCUCCUCAAGGAAUUGAAGCAAUUGGUAAGGGAGAGGAUAGGUCCCUUCGCUCAGCCAGAUGUGAUACAGAAUGCACCCUCUCUGCCAAAAACUAGGUCUGGAAAGAUCAUGAGACGGAUUUUAAGAAAAAUCGCCGCCAAUGACAGGAAUGUUGGAGAUACCAGCACAUUGGCCGACAGUUCGGUCGUGGAACUGUUAUUUUCCACGAGACCUGCCAACGCCUAAAGGAAUAUUGGAGUAACUUAUCUAGAUGUUGAUAUUUUAGCAAAUUUACACAUUUUUUUGGGAACCAGUACUUACUUUUAGAAAUCAUUUUACUUCAUACAGAUUUUGUUAUGACGCCCUUAAAAAUAUAUUUUCAACGCAGCCUUUAGUAAAAUUAUAAUAGCUUUUAGGGAUAUUAAAUGAAUGUGAUUCAACUGCAUGUAAUUAUGCUCAUCGCUGUUCCUUGUACCAAAAACUUUUGAAAUUGCCUUUCAUAAAUUGCAUUUAAGCAACUACACUGUCGUUAUGCGUUUACUUUUUUAAGUUAUUGAAUCGUGUAAUUUAUUGUUCAAUGUUAGAAUUACUGUUAAAUCAAUGUAUCUAUUUAUUACAAUAAAAUUAUUUUUAUAA